GUGGUAGAGAAAAUAAGCAGAGCAGCAGCGAGAAGAGCUAGGGUUAGGCUUUCUACGAUUUCUCAUAAGAGAAAAGACAUCUAGGGUUAGGGUUUCUGCAAUUUUUCAAAAGCAACAGCUGCAGUAGCUAUGCCGAAGAACAAGGGAAAGGGAGGAAAGAACAGGAAGAGGGGGAAGAACGAGGCCGACGAUGAGAAGCGGGAGCUGGUUUUCAAAGAAGACGGGCAGGAAUAUGCGCAGGUCCUUCGGAUGCUCGGCAACGGCCGAUGCGAGGCCAUGUGCAUCGACGGCACGAAGCGGCUCUGCCACAUCCGUGGCAAGAUGCAUAAGAAGGUCUGGAUCGCGGCCGGCGACAUCAUCCUCGUCGGCCUCCGCGACUACCAGGACGACAAGGCUGACGUCAUCCUCAAGUACAUGCCCGACGAGGCCCGUCUCUUGAAGGCCUACGGUGAGCUCCCGGAGAAUACCCGCCUCAACGAGGGCAUCACUGCCGGCCUCGACGAGGAGGACGAUGGGGCCGGAGACGACUACAUCGAGUUUGAGGAUGAGGACAUCGACAAGAUCUAGGGCUUGUUUGGUGUGGUGAUUCUCACACUCUUUGGUAAUAUGUGGUCUCUGUGCUAGUAUCUUCUUUUUUUUUUUCCUUUGAUAUUUUGCUUUGAUUAUGGAUGGGAUGAAAUAAUUACAGCGAAUUAACACUUGUUUCCUUUUCUUACGUUUUUCUUUGGAAUACAUAUACACCCCAUAUACUCAUCAUGGUUUUCAUGUGGAUGAGAUUGGAUGAUUGUUGUUUUAUGAUGUUAUGGUGAUUUGGGUUUAAUAAUUUAAUUUUCCUUCUCCUC